AUGACGGUGGCCCUCAACGUCGCGCAGCUGUGGGCGCAGCUGGUGGCCACGCACGACCCCUACACAAUCGACAUUGUAGGCAAUUUGGUGGUGCAAUUUAUAUUCUGGUGGCUCCCCUGCCUGUUCUUCGUGUCGCUGGACGCCCUGGCGCCGGCCUUCUCGGCGCGGCACAAGAUCCAGCCGGCGCCCAGGCAGCCGACGGCGCGGGAGAUACGCAACGCGGCGCUCGUCUCGCUACGCAACCAGGCCAUGGUGCUCGCGGCGCAGGCGGCGCUGGCCUGGUACGGGUCGUCCGGCGGGCACGGGCGGGGGCCGGCGGUGCGGGUGGAGCCCGGGCUCCCGUCGGCGGCGGAGCUCGCGCGCGACGCGGCGCUCUGCAUGGCCGGGCGCGAGGUGCUCUUCUACUACGCGCACCGGCUGUUCCACGUGCGCUGGCUCUACCAGCGCGUCCACAAGGUCCACCACCGCUUCACGGCGCCCGUGGCCUUUGCCUCGCAGUACGCGCACCCCGCGGAGCACCUGCUGGCGAACGUGCUGCCGGUGGCGCUGCCGCCGAUGCUGCUGCGCGUGCACGUCGUGACCAUGUGGGUGUUUGUGGCGUGCCAGCUCGUCGAGACGGCGACGGUGCACAGCGGCUACGAUUUCCUGCGCGGGCUGGCGAGGAAGCACGACCGGCAUCAUGAGCGGUUCAAUGUCUACUUUGGCGGUAUUGGCGUGUUGGACUGGUGGCAUGGGACGGACGAGAGGGGCGGGCCGAAGGCGGGAAGGAAGGCUGAUUAG